CAAUGACAACUGACAAUUGGAAAUUGGAAAUCUUUUGCAUUUUUCUGUCUGAUUUUCUUUAACUAAAAAUUUAUAACAGCUCUAUUGCGAUUUGUGAUCCUUCCUCUUUCUCUUUCCUGAUCUUAAAUUGACUUUUUAUAAAAGGUAUGGUUAAUCUCGUCGAUACACUUAUGUUAAAUACGGUGGCGGAGGGAACUAUGAAUAUUUUACGCAAUAUCGGACUGUUUAAAAGUAAGCAGCCUGUGAAUCCUCCGCCGGCAAUUAUAAUCAAGAUGCCUUUAUGGGAGCUAGCGCAAGAGGCUGGGCCGUUCGUGCGGCUAGCGGGGAUAAGUGGAGCUACGGCCGUGGUUCUAGGCGCUAUGGGCGCUCAUCGAACAUUCCCAGAAACAGAGAGUAAAGAAGACCUUAAGAAAAUUUUUGAAACUGCUAACAGAUUUCAUUUUCUCCACACACUUGCCCUUAUGACGGUACCACUGUGCAGGCGACCUUAUAUUGCUGGCACAUUCUUUAUAGCAGGAAUGGGACUCUUCUGUGGCACGUGCUAUUACCAUGCUUUCACUGGAGAACGCGCAUUGCGUCGUCUAACGCCUGUCGGCGGCUCUUUUCUCAUUCUGGGGUGGAUCGCGAUGGUACUGUAGAUUUCCUAGUUUGAAUAUUCUUUUCUAAACAGAAGAUGUAAGUAGGAUUUCAUUCCAGACUUUAUAAUGUUAUGAUUUUAGUCAUAAGCAGUGGUGUAGCGUAACUUUGUAAUGUAGCUUAGUAAUGGGGGCAAAUGGCCCAGGCGGCAUACAAUUUGAUUAGACAUUCCAAAAAAAAUUGGAAAAUCUAAAUGUUCACUCCUCUAAGAUUCAAUAAACAAAAUCUAGCACAAAAGUAUGGCUCUUCAAAGCCUGUAAUAAUGUUGGAAUCUUUUCAUAUAUUGUGCCUUUUGAUGUGACAAUGUCAUAAAAUUCGAUCCCCCGCUCUAGGGUUGCCAAUUUUUUUUUACAAGAAAUAAUAAUAUUCUGGUCUAUGAAGGUACUAUACAGUAUUUUAGGAAAACGAACAUUUUCUUUUGAAAAAUGCAACCAUUCCAUCAAUCAGUAUUUUCUUAUGACGUUGUCACAUUCAAUUAUCGUCAGGAAACCGACUUUACAGACAAACGUGAAUUUCAAUCUGCACAGUGAAAUCCACGCUACGUCACUGUUUAUAAGUGACAUGUUAUUGAGACUUUAUUUCACAUGUACAGUAUGCGUCAAAUAUGAAGUUGCAACACGCCAAACAGCAUAUAACUUCUCUGGGAUAAUUUUGUAUCCAGCGCAGCUAGACGCCUCGUGUUCAGAUCAGACUUCAAGUUUGGGGCAUACUAUAACUGUAAUCUUUGGUGUUGUGGAAAUAUAUUGUGUGUGUUGGUAUUUGUGAGUAGUAAGUUAAUAUUUAUCACAUUUAAAUUAGUUUAUAGGAUUAGCUUUUUAUCUUUAAAGUUUAAAGACAAUUUAUCCUUGGGUUUCAAUAUUUACUAUAAUAAUAUAUUUAUAACAGUUUGUAUAUUUUGUUUUAUAUUGUAGUAUCAUUGUUAGGUGUUCUGAAACCAUUAAAUAUUAGUAAAUAAUAUGCUCAGUAAUUUAGUUAAAUAUUUUAUUUAUCUCAUGUAAGCAAACUGGAAUCCCUACGUACAAGUAUAUUUAAAAAAAAAGUGUCACCUGACUAUCACUCUUUUUGUAGAUUAAGAACCUGUGACAGCCAGCUCUGUCAUUUGCUCAAUGCAUCAUUUGCUAUUGAUGAAAAUUUAUCAGCCCACGGUACUCCUACCAUGGCGUAUGGUAGGCAGCUAUCUAUAUCUUGGCAAAUUCGUUUGUAACACUAACAAUGGUCCGCGCGGGCCGGGAGAAGGUAGCUAUGCUCCGCGCGCUCAUCUUUAUACCCGCGCACUACCACAUACCCACGCAGUCCUUCUCCCGUCGCCCGCAUAUCAUGGGAGUGUCAUCAAUGAACUUGCCAAGGCUAUUGUUUGGUUUGGACCUCAAUGAUUUUAUGAUGUAGCAGGUUUCAAGAGUACAUGAUCUGUGUUCUUGUCUGGCCAUUACAGGUUUUUAGUCCUUUUAUGAUAAGUUUUGGGUAGUACAAUUGUAAAUAAUACAAUGUUAUGGUAAUUAUUUUAAUUAAUUCAUAAGUAUGUCAGUUUUAUUUAAGGACCAUUGGUAGAUGUUUUUAUUUGGAUCAUUAUUGUUGGUGAGGCAAUUGUAAAAUUUUACUUAUAAUAUUAAAGAAAAAUAUCCUUGAAA